CUAACACCAUACCUUGGCCUUCGAGCUAGACUCUCGCAGGUUUGGAUCAACCGUUGGACAAUUCUGAUCCUUCUCGUCCUGAUCCGGGCACUACUCGCCAUUGGAAGUGUGAACACGAACUUGACUUCCGCAAAAAGAGAAGCACUCUCUGCUUGUACUGGCGUGGAAAAUGUCGGAAGCGCUAUGGCGAGCAUGCCUUAUUACAUGGCGUCUGGCGUGAACGAGCUCACCGCAUCAGGAAUCGAGAAGGCUAUCAACGGGCUAAUGUCUAUGCUUCUGCUCAGCAUCACCGUACUCGAGGAGGUGUUUGUGUUCUACAUCAACCUGCUCACCUCAACCUACGUUUGUCUUUUCACUUUUGCCGUUGGUGGUAGCUUACACGUUGCCAUCGAUGUUGCAGAAGACGUUGGAGACUUUUUGAACUCCACCGCCAAAGGCGUAGGUAACGAACUCGGGGAUGCUGUUGAAGAUUUCCAAAAAGCAAUGAACAAAUUUACUGGCGCAAUUGAAGAUGUUGGCAGUUUUUUCACCGGAAAAACCGAGAACAUUCCCGACAUCAACUUGAACUCAUCAAUCGCCAAACUCGACGCACUGCAACUUCCUUCUGGAUACGACAAAGGGUUGAGUAAUUUAAACAACUCCAUUCCGACUUUUGCUGAAGUCCACAACGCAACGAACACUGCUCUUCGCUUCCCAUUUGAAGAGGUUAAACAAUUGCUCAAUGAGACGAUGGGCAAGUACACCAUGAACCGAUCGAUAUUUCAUGUUCCGCAAAAGGAAAAGCUCACGUUUUGCUCCGACGAUGAUGGCAUCAACGACUUCUUUGAUGACCUCGCGGAUGUGAUAACGCUUGCCAAGAAGAUUUUCCUUUCGGUCCUCAUCAUUGCAGCAGUCCUUGCCUGUGUCCCCAUGGCUUACCGAGAAAUACGUCGUUGGCGUUUACAAGAGCAGCGAGCAAGAGCUAUCAAGCAUAUCAACGACCCCAUGGACGCUGUCUACAUUGUCUCGCGUCCGUACAUGGCCGAUUUUGGAGUCAAAGUUUCGAACCACUUCUCAUCGACCCGUGCGCGGACACUUGUGAGGUGGGCAGUCGCCUAUGCCACGACUACACCAGCCUUGUUCGUUCUUUGCCUUGCUAUCGCCGGCCUUCUUGGUUGCCUGUGUCAAUACAUAUUGCUCCAGGCGAUCAGGAAAGAGGUUCCAGAGCUCACCCAAAAAGUCGAUGCUUUCGCUGAUAAGGUGCAAUGGUCACUCAACAAUGCUUCCCUAGCCUGGGCUGUUGAUACCAACCAUGUUAUCAAUACGACAAAUACCAAAAUCAACGAAGACAUCUUCGGCUGGGUCAAUACCACAACUGGAGCAGUCAACAACACUCUCAACCUUUUUGUCGACGGGAUGAAUGACGCGAUCAACGCUACUUUCGGUGGCACGAUCCUUGAAGAACCCGUUCAAGAAGUUGUGAACUGCUUAAUCACCCUCAAGAUUGAAGGCAUCCAAGAAGGCCUGACCUGGGUCAGUGAUCAUGCUCAUGUUGAUUUUCCGAUGGUCAGCAACGACACUUUCUCUCUCGGAACCAUGGAGAAAGUCAAUAACACUUCUUCCGGCAACAGCUCAAUGCUUUCGGAACCAGACAGUAUUGACGCAGGCGAUCAAAUCUCUCGAGCGGUUCUGGUCGUAGUGCGUUCACUGGAAAAGGCUGUGAGGCAGGAAGCUAUCAUUUCAACCUGCGUGCUGCUCAUCUAUGUACUGAUUGUGAUCAUCGGACUUAUCCGAGCUGGUUACAUGUUG